GCCGCGUCAUUACUGAGAGACCUACUUACUCGCCAUAUCCCUCGCGUAUCAACAACGCGUCUUCCUUUAUUUUACUUCGUCCUUUGCUUUUUCCGUUAUCCAAAACAACACGAUUCACGACGCCUUCUCCUUUUGCAUUUCUUUUCACAAAAUUCGAGGAACAACUUUUUCAUAAAUUUCAGUCCUUUUUUCUCUGUGUGUGUGUUUGUGUAAGAGAGAUUGUUAGUUAUCGUAUUUUGUAAGGCAAUCUCCAUUAACAGCACACCUUUGUUCUUCUUCUUCUUCUUCUACCCAAUCAAUUCUGCCGGCUGUUUUUGUUUUUGUUUUUCUUUUUUAUCUCCUCGCCUCGGUUUUAGCAAAACACCCUUCUUUUUUUAGUUAUCUUCUUCCUCAAGCAAAUUCUUUUCUUCUGUGAUCUUUUUUGGAGAUUAAACACAAAAAAAAGUUGGGAUUUUUUUUUUCAUUUCUUGUUUGAGGUUGUGAUGAUGAGAAGGGGGGAGCGAGAUCAGCAGCACCAAUCUAGGGUUUUUUACGAUCUAUCUUCUCUUGUUUUGAAUCUUCUCCGUUCACCUCCUAUGCCUAUAUCUUUCCCCGACGAUCAGUUCUCCGAUCCGCCUCCUCGUAGAAUUCGUCCUCGUCCUCCUCAUACCUCUUUGCAUCAUCGUUUCUCGUCGUCGUCUCCUUCGUUGGCCCAUAUUUCACCGUCUGGGUUCGCGUCUUUGCUGCUUGGUAUAUCUGUGGCUCUUAUGCUUUGUGGAUCUGUUACUUUCUUCAUCGGCUUUCUUUUGUUGCCUUGGGUUCUCGCUCUUAUCAUGGUUUUCUAUGUCGCUGGGAUCGUCUCCGCCAUUUCCAUGGUUGGGAGGUCCAUUCUCUGUUACGUCUUGACCCCUCCAUCUCCCUCCGGAAAGGAGAUUUCUGAUUGGAAGCUUUUGUGAAGUGACAAACCAAAAAA